AUGGGGGCCGCGUCGGGCCGCCGGUGGCCGCGGCCGCUGCUGCUGCCGUUGCUGCUGCUGCUGCUGCUGCUGCUGCUGCUGCCGCCGCCACCGCCGCCUGUGGUCCUGGCUCUCAACCCCGCGUUGCAGCCGGGGAACUUUUCCGCCGACGAGGCCGGGGCACAGGGUUUCGCAGAGAGCUUCAAUUCGAGCGCCGAGCAGGUGCUGUUCCACAGCACGGCCGCCAGCUGGGCGCACGACACCGACAUCAACGAGGAAAACGCGCGGCGCCAGGAGGAGGCAGCCCUGCUCAGCCAGGAGUUUUCAGAGGUCUGGGGCCAGAAGGCCAAGGCUCUGUUCGACCCAAUCUGGCAGAACUUCACCGACCCCACGCUGCGACGCAUCAUCAGUGCCGUGCGCACCCUGGGCCCCGCCAACCUGCCCCUGGAGGAGCGGCAGCAGUACAACUCUCUGCUAAGCAACAUGUCCAGGAUUUACUCCACGGCCAAGGUCUGCUUCCCCAACAAGACUGCCACCUGCUGGUCCCUGGACCCAGAGCUCACCAACAUCCUGGCUGCGUCGCGAAGCUACGCCCUGCUACUAUAUGCCUGGGAGGGCUGGCACAACGCUGUGGGCAUCCCGCUGAAACCCCUGUACCAGAAGUUCACUGCCCUCAGCAAUGCGGCCUACAAGCAGGAUGGCUUCUCAGACACGGGGGCCUACUGGCGCUCCUGGUACGACUCCCCCACCUUCACGGAGGAUCUGGAGCACCUCUACCAUCAGUUAGAGCCCCUGUACCUGAACCUCCACGCCUACGUCCGCCGCGCACUGCACCGCCGAUACGGGGACAGAUUCAUCAACCUCAGGGGACCCAUCCCUGCUCACCUGCUGGGGGACAUGUGGGCCCAGAGCUGGGACAAAAUCUACGACAUGGUGGUGCCUUUCUCUGCCAAGCCCAAUCUUGACGUUACCAGUACUAUGGUGCAGAAGGGAUGGAACGCUACACACAUGUUCCGGGUGGCAGAGGAGUUCUUCACCUCCCUAGGGCUCUUGCCCAUGCCUCCUGAGUUCUGGGCAGAGUCCAUGCUGGAGAAGCCAAGCGACGGGCGUGAGGUGGUAUGCCACGCCUCCGCCUGGGAUUUCUACAACAGGAAAGACUUCAGGAUCAAGCAGUGCACACAGGUCACUAUGGACCAGCUGUCCACGGUGCACCACGAGAUGGGCCACGUGCAGUACUACCUACAGUACAAGGACCAACACGUCUCCCUGCGCCAAGGCGCCAACCCCGGCUUCCACGAGGCCAUCGGGGAUGUGCUGGCGCUCUCCGUCUCCACUCCUGCACAUCUGUACAAAAUUGGCCUGCUGGACCAUGUCACCAACGACACGGAAACCGACAUCAAUUACUUGUUAAAGAUGGCACUGGAAAAAAUUGCCUUCCUGCCCUUUGGCUACUUGGUGGACCAGUGGCGUUGGGGGGUCUUUAGUGGGCGUACCCCCCCUUCCCUCUACAACUAUGACUGGUGGUAUCUUAGAACCAAGUAUCAGGGGAUCUGUCCUCCAGUUGUCCGAAAUGAAACCCACUUUGACGCUGGAGCCAAGUUUCAUGUCCCAAAUGUGACACCAUACAUCAGGUACUUUGUGAGCUUCGUCCUGCAGUUCCAGUUCCACCAAGCCCUGUGCAAGGAGGCGGGCCACCAGGGCCCCCUGCACCAGUGUGACAUCUACCAGUCCACCCAGGCAGGGGCCAAGCUCCGGGCAUUGCUGCAGGCAGGCUCCUCGCGGCCCUGGCAGGAGGUGCUGAAGGACAUGGUCGGCUCAGAUUCCCUGGAUGCUCAGCCGCUGCUCACCUACUUCCAGCCGGUCACACAGUGGCUACAAGAGCAGAACCAGCAGAAUGGCGAGGUGCUGGGCUGGCCAGAAUAUCAGUGGCGCCCACCGAUGCCCGACAGUUACCCAGAGGGCAUUGACCUGGUGUCCGACGAGGCUGAGGCCAGCAGGUUUGUGGAGGAAUAUGACCGGAGAUCCCAGGUGGUGUGGAACGAGUAUGCCGAGGCCAGCUGGGAUUACAAUACCAACAUCACCAAGGAGGGCAGCGAGAUACUGCUGGAGAAGAACGUACAGAUGGCAAACCACACUGUCAAGUACGGCACCUGGGCCAGGAAGUUUGACGUGGCCAACUUCCAGAACGCCACUAUGAAGCGGAUGAUAAAGAAGAUUCAGGAUCUAGAGCGGGCGGCGCUGCCUGUCAGGGAGCUGGAGCAGUACAACCAGAUCCUGCUGGACAUGGAGACCACUUACAGCGUGGCCUCUGUGUGCCAUAGCAAUGGCACUUGUCUACAGCUCGAGCCCGAUCUGACAAAUCUGAUGGCCACAUCCCGGAACUAUGGAGAACUGCUGUGGGCAUGGAAGGGCUGGCGAGACAAGGUGGGGAGAUCCAUCCUCCCAUAUUUCCCCCAAUAUGUGGAGCUCACCAACAAGGCUGCCAGGCUCAAUGGCUACGAGGACGGAGGGGACUCCUGGAGAUCUAUGUACGAGAUGCCAUUCCUGGAGUAUGACCUGGAGCAGCUCUUCCAGGAGUUGCAGCCGCUCUACCUGAACCUGCACGCCUACGUGCGCCGGGCCCUGUAUCGCUUCUACGGGUCCGAGCUCAUCAACCUGGAGGGCCCCAUCCCAGCCCACCUGCUGGGGAACAUGUGGGCACAGAGCUGGUCCAACAUCUAUGACUUGGUAGUACCCUUCCCUUCAGCCCCCAGGAUGGAUGCCACAGAGGCCAUGAUAAAGCAGGGCUGGACACCCCAAAGGAUGUUUAAGGAAGCAGACAAUUUCUUCACCUCCCUGGGGCUGCUGCCCGUGCCCCCCGAGUUCUGGAGCAAGUCUAUGCUGGAGAAGCCGGCCGACGGGCGGGAGGUGGUGUGCCACGCCUCCGCCUGGGACUUUUUCAAUGGCAAGGACUUCAGGAUCAAGCAGUGCACCACUGUGAACAUGGAGGACCUGGUGGUGGCCCACCACGAAAUGGGCCACAUACAGUAUUUCAUGCAGUACAAGGACUUGCCGGUGACCUUCCGGGAGGGCGCCAACCCCGGUUUUCACGAAGCCAUUGGGGAUGUGCUGGCCCUCUCAGUGUCUACCCCCAAGCACCUGCACAAGAUCAACCUGCUGAGUAGUGGGGACGGCAGCUAUGAGGAGGACAUCAACUUUCUGAUGAAGAUGGCGCUCGACAAGAUCGCCUUUGUUCCCUUCAGCUAUCUUGUGGACCAGUGGCGCUGGAGGGUAUUUGACGGAAGCAUCACCAAGGAGAACUACAACCAGGAGUGGUGGAGCCUCAGGCUGAAGUACCAGGGCCUCUGUCCCCCAGUGGCCAGGUCUCAAGGCGACUUUGACCCAGGGGCCAAGUUCCACAUUCCUUCAAGCGUGCCAUAUAUCAGCUACCGUCAGGGCGACCUGGGCACCCGGCUGCAUGGCCCACUGUGUCUGGGCCACUCACCUUCCCAGGAGGCCGGGAAGCGCCUGGCCGACGCCAUGAAGCUGGGCUUCAGUCGGCCGUGGCCCGAAGCCAUGCGGCUCAUCACAGGCCAGCCCAACAUGUCGGCCGCUGCCUUGAUGACCUACUUCAAGCCGCUGCUGGACUGGCUCGUGACCGAGAACAGGCGGCACGGGGAGAAGCUGGGCUGGCCUCAGUACAACUGGAUGCCAAACUCAGCUCGCUCGGAAGGCUCCUUCCUGGGCUCCGGCCGUGUCAGCUUCCUGGGCCUGAACCUGGAGGAGCAGCAGGCCCGCGUGGGCCAGUGGGUGCUGCUCUUCCUGGGCGUCGCCCUGCUGGUGGCCACCCUGGGCCUCGCCCACCGGCUCUUCAGCAUCCGCCACCACAGCCUCCACCAGCCCCACCGCGGGCCCCAGUUUGGCUCCGAGGUGGAGCUCAGACACUCCUGA